GUUACAAGUUUCCUUGUCAAGUGUUGUGUGGAUCAAGUGGGAGUUAAACAAAGUCUUUAUUGGCCACUUGUUUCAAUGCCCCUCUUUAUUGCAUAUGUAUCAUAACAUAACAUUAAGAUAUAUAUUCAGCUUCUUGUCUUUUCCGUUACCUUUUUCCCCUGAAAUCACUGAUCCACAACAAGAGGCACUCAGAGAGCAUUUGUUGAUUUGGAUUUGGAAGGUUCCACUUUGGUUAUGGAAGCAACUUAGCUCCCUUCCUCUCUCUUUAUUUUCCACAUUGUACAAAUGAAUUUUCAGGGUACUUGUUGGUAGUGGUGGUUGACAAAGAUAUUGAAGAUGGGAAUUUUGAGCACUAUAGCAAGCUUUUUUGGAUUUGGAAUGGGAACUUCAAUUGGGCUAGUCAUUGGAUACUAUUUGUUCAUAUACUUCCAGUCAACAGAUGUUAAGGAUCCAGUAAUUCAACCUUUGAUUGAGCAAGAUGCUAAAACAUUACAACUGUUGCUUCCAGAGAUACCCACUUGGAUUAAAAACCCAGACUAUGACCGUCUUGACUGGCUUAAUAAAUUUAUCGAGUAUAUGUGGCCUUAUCUGGACAAGGCAAUUUGCAAGACUGCAAAGAGUAUAGCAAAGCCCAUUAUUGCUGAGCAAAUUCCGAAGUACAAAAUAGAUUCAGUUGAAUUUGAAGAACUUAACUUGGGUUCUCUGCCACCAACUUUUCAAGGAAUGAAAGUCUAUGUGACUGACGAAAAGGAGUUGAUUAUGGAACCAUCAGUGAAGUGGGCUGGGAAUCCUAACAUUAUAGUUGCAGUUAAAGCAUUUGGGCUUCGAGCCACAGUCCAGGUUGUUGAUUUGCAAGUAUUUGCUGCUCCACGUAUAACUCUGAAGCCUUUGGUUCCAAGUUUUCCAUGCUUUGCCAAUAUUUACGUGUCUCUCAUGGAGAAGCCACAUGUUGAUUUUGGACUAAAACUGCUUGGAGCUGAUGCAAUGUCUAUUCCUGGUCUUUAUAGGAUUGUCCAGGAAAUCAUUAAAGACCAAGUUGCAAAAAUGUAUCUGUGGCCCAAGGCCUUAGAGGUUCAAAUAAUGGAUCCAACAAAAGCCAUGAAAGUGCCAGUUGGAAUCCUUCAUGUGAAAGUUGUAAGGGCAGAGAAGCUUAAAAAGAAAGAUCUACUGGGGGCAUCAGACCCUUAUGUGAAACUCAAACUCACAGAAGAGAAACUUCCUUCAAAGAAAACAACUGUGAAAUACAAGAAUUUGAAUCCAGAAUGGAAUGAGGAAUUUAAUAUAGUCGUCAAAGAUCCAGAAUCUCAAGUCUUAGAGCUUACUGUUUAUGACUGGGAGCAGAUUGGCAAGCAUGACAAGAUGGGUAUGAAUGUCAUUCCAUUGAAAGAGAUUACACCUGAUGAACCAAAAGCGGUGACUCUUAAUUUACUCAAGACCAUGGACCCUAAUGAUCCUGAGAAUGCGAAGUCACGUGGGCAGCUAACUGUUGAAGUUCUGUACAAACCUUUUAAGGAGGAUGAGUUACCUCAGAGUGCAGAGGAUUCCAAUGCAAUAGAAAAGGCUCCUGAAGGAACACCUGCUAGUGGUGGUCUGCUUGUAAUUAUUGUUCAUGAAGCUGAAGAUGUGGAAGGAAAACACCACACAAAUCCAUAUGUGCGACUGCUAUUUAAGGGAGAGGAGAGAAAAACCAAGCAUGUCAAGAAAAAUAGAGAUCCAAGAUGGGGUGAGUCGUUUCAAUUUAUGCUUGAGGAACCCCCCACCAAUGAGAGACUAUAUGUUGAAGUGCAAAGUGCUUCCUCAAAGCUAGGCCUGCUCCAUCCUAAGGAAAGUCUGGGUUAUGUGGAUAUAAAAUUGUCUGAUGUUGUUACCAACAAAAGAAUCAACGAGAAAUAUCAUCUCAUUGACUCAAGAAAUGGACGAAUUCAAAUCGAGCUUCAGUGGAGAACUCCUUGAUGAUGGCUGGUACCAGUUGCAUUGCACACACAAAUUUCCAGCGUACAUAAUUGUGUAAAGCAAUUUUUCUUCUGAUAAGGUUUGGAUGAAAGCCUUCAAACUUGAUUUCUCAUUAUUGUUGAUAAAAACAAUAACGUCAGUGACUCAAUACUGUCUUACGAGUUACGCUCCCAUAGAAUGUUGUUCAUAACUCUAUUGAUAAUUUGAUAUUCAAGUUCUGUUCCUCUGUUUA